AUGGAUUCAUCGUUCACUCUAGAAGAUGUUGAAACCAUUGGCAUUUCUUGUCCCAUGUUGAAAUCAUUCACAUUUACCAACAGUCAGACUUAUAUUGUAGACUUUUCAGAACAUGCUGUCGCAAUUGGAAAAACCAUGCCUAAUCUGUGCCAUCUCCGACUUUUUAAACUUCGGAUUGAAAAUAAGGGUCUGGAAGCGAUUCUUGAUGGCUGCCCCAUCCUAGAAUCACUUCAUCUUCUCCAAUGCUCUGAUUUCCAUCUACAAGGAGGUCUAGGCAAAAGAUGUUAUGACCAAAUAAAAGAUCUGAUUCUUGAUUCUUAUUCUUCUGAAUCUGAAAUUGAUCAGGCGGAUUAUUAUUGGGAUGAUGACAAUGAUUCAUCAUAUUCUCGUUAUGAUAUUGGUAACUAUGAUCCAUUCUCUGUCUUCCCAGGCGACCUUAGUGAUGACUAUGUUUCUGAUCCUGAUUUUUAUUAG